GGAGCCACACGUUUCCGUCUUGAAAAAGUAAAGUGAAAAUAGGUUUCUCAGAACUUAGAUUACGCGCGUUUCAAAAUAGGUUUGUUGCAACACAUUUCGUCAGAAGAUUUACAUACUUCAAAAUGCCGCUACCAGACAGACAUCCCAAGUGAAAACACCUAAAAUAGACAAUAUUGAAGUCUCCCAACCUGAAACAAGGGCCAUGGCCACACAAUCUGCCUUUACAGUGUGGUGUUAGUGCUAGGCAUAGGCUAUUUUGUCAACAAUCAUAAUCAAUAAUGAUGUAGUUUUGACACUUUCGCAUACCAUUAAAUCUUGUCCGCUGAAAAGAUUAGAAUCUGAAAUGUUUUUGUGGCAUUGCGUAGCACUAACACAAAGGUUAGUGAUGAGGACAGUUCCAAAGUUCGAGUUAGUCAUAUGGAGGACUGCCUCCCAGUUUGGGAAAAGCAACAUCACAGGAGUUAAAGGAUGGGAAAACUACACAGCCCUUGGUGGUGUCAUCAAGGGCACCAGGAUCGUGUGCUUCAAGGUGCCACUCAAAAAUGCUUUGGUUGAAAAGUUACCACAAAAGGAAAAAUUCACACCGACAAUCCUAGUGAGGAAGAUGGCUGACUCGGGCCAAGACCUUGGACUUGUGAUAGAUCUGACCUUUACCCGGAAAUACUACAACACUCAGGAGCUGACGGAUAGGGGCGUCCAGUAUGAGAAGAUAUUCACCAAGGGCCAGGAAGUCCCCAGCGACUUUGUCUUUGGCAGAUUUGCACACGUGAUUGACGAAUACUUGGAACAAAGUUCAGACAGCACAUCUGUGAUUGGCGUCCAUUGUACCCACGGUGUGAACAGGACAGGCUAUAUGGUCUGCAGGUAUAUGGUGGAGCGUCUGAGUAUGACAGCUGACGAUGCUAUGGCAGCCUUCAAUGCGGCUCGAGGCCAUGAUGUCGAGAGGGAGAACUACAUUGAGGACCUCCGCACCAGAACACCAGGCAAGAAAACCCCAUUUGAUCCAUCUGCCACUCCCCCUGAGGAUAGCACACCUGACUAUAGCAACAAGAGGAUGACGGACAAGCUCUCACAACCUGGGUACAAGGCAGAUAACUCCUACAGUAAGCUUCUGGAAAAACAUCGUGGUCGCUAUGACAACUGGAAUUCCAACAAUUCAAGGCAGAAGCAGAAUGAGAGAGAUCAUGAGAUGAGGCCUCACCGUGGUCAGCAAUGGAACGAUGACAGAAGGUCGCAACCAUGGCAACAGAGACAUGGUGAUGGUGGUGGCUAUUCAGGGAAUGGCUAUAGUGGUUACCAGGGCAAUGACAGUGGCAGGCACCAAGGUUACGGAGGUUACCAUGGCAACAGCUAUGGUGGUUACAAUGGAAAUGGUUACGGUCAGUCCAGUCACUAUGAUAACCACGAUUAUAAGGGUCGCCGUGGAGAUCGUAGUCAGCAUAAUGAUUAUUCUUGUGAUGGAAACUAUUCGUUCGAUGUGGACUUUUCUCAAAAGGAAGGCCACGGACAGAAGGGUAGCCACAGUAAAAACAGCGCAUAUAUUAAACAACAUCGGAGCUAUGAGGACUACCGAAGCCCGGUAAAAUAUAAUGAUUGGGCAGAUGAUGAAACAGAUCGGUACGCCAAGAGUGGGUGGAGCAGCGGUCCUAGGAGAGGCGGGCGCAACCCGGGGGGGUACAACCGAGGGGGGAGGAGGUGAAGCUGUGACCCGCUGGUGUGACCAAAGACUGCCUGUGAUGACAUCUUCAUACAUUAUCCUUGUUUGUAACUGUCUGUCGAUGUAUAUCCAUUUGUGUAGAGGAAUCUGCUUGUGUUAGAAAUGCUCAUGAGAACAGAGUGGGGAGAAAAAUAUACACAUUUCCUGUGAAGUUCCCCUGUGUAUUGGGCAUAAACCUAUUCCUGGCCCUCAGGCAUCGGCAGCCACCAUAUGACAGCAUCUGCUUUCAUGGUGAAAUGGGGGGCACGAGUGGCCCAGUCGUCUAAGGCGCCGCGAUUCGCUGUGCAGAGUUGCGUCCCUUGGGCACACCAGAAACCUAUGAUUGUGGGUUCGAAUCCAGGUUCGCCCCGAUUAUGUUUCUAGGUUUGUCAGCACCAUACCCGUGCUCGUGGGUUUCACCGAAGUGGUAAAUGUCUGAGACCUGCGUCACUUCAGGCUUUCCUCCCACAUCAAGCUGACACGCCGCGAUAUAACUGGAAUACUGUUAAAAGCAGCGUUAAACCAUACUCACUCACUCACUCACGGUGAAAUGGAAAACCAGGAAUCUGGUAGCUCACUUGUAACCAGAAGACACCUUGUUGCAUGACUACACUACCUGAGUAUCAAUUGAGCGAAUAUCUUAAGCCACGGAAGAAGAAUUAUGUUGUAUGUACCAUUAUUUAUUGUAUACAUGGAAUGUGAAUCAAAUGGUAACAAACAGGUUUGCUGGCGCAUGGCGACAUUUAAAACCUGAAAAGCAACAUUUGGAAUUGAUGUCAUUUUGUUUUUAAACAGAUCUUAACAAAAGCUUCCGAAAGUUGCUUGAUGUUGAAUAUUGAGUUUAUACAAGGCUGCCGGUGAGCAUGUGUAUCAUGGUUAGAUUACAGCUUUCACAAUUGAUUCUAGCAGCUGGCUGAGACUUGUGAUGAGGACAAGGGUCCUCAUUGACUCGUAGCAUUUGAGGGCUAUAAUUCUGAAUCAGUUCUCAAUGCUUCAAUUUUGCUAAAAAUCAGAACUGAAAAAAAACUGAGAGAAAAUGUAAAUAUAGACCAGCUACACUCUAAGGACUAGAGAAAUAAGGUUUACACUCGGUACGUCUUGAAAAAGAGGAAUUUCUGGGCUGUAUUACUAGAAUGGGAACAAUAAUGGAGACUAAUACCUCUUUGAUUUGCAUUUGAUCGGCUGUUGUUGAACUUUUGAUUGGCUUAAGAGUCUUUCAAAGGUAUUUCCAAGCUAUAAAUAUGUAUUACUAUGUGUAACAUUCAGUGGACUCCGACAUUUUGCCAAUAUAACGAUAACAUUGUUUGUGAUAGUUUUGUUUUUUGGACUCAUGGUGGAUGCAUCUUCCCAAAGCAAAGGAUUUAACUGACUGUAAAAGUCCAGUUUCACCCUUGCUGAAGUAGGCUGGAACUUUUGGGAUCUAUCGUAGUGCCAGCAGUGGCUAUGAGUUAUGUCCCUUCUAUGUCCCUCCUAUUGACCAAUCCGAUUCUUCCUCUCAUAACACUUGCAUUUGCUUUAAACAAAAUCAUGACACCCAGUCAAGACGAUCUGAUCGAUAGUCAAAACCUGUAUUGCAAUAAAACAGGUCUUUUUUUUGCGAAGAGCAUUAAAUCACGCGAGCACCUUCAUUAAAAACAUGAAAAGAUUUGGAAAAUAUCUGUUGACGCAGAGUUUUCGGCAGUUAACGAAGUGGAUGUCGAUUUCGUUUCCAUGAUUUUGAUUGGACUAUGUAUAGACUCCAGUCAAGAUAUAACUCCAGCCAAGUUUGGAAAGGGUGGAAACUGGACUCUUAUAUAGUCAGUUAACUCCCUUGACUUGGGAAGAUGUGGUGGGUGCCGAGUCAACUCACGAUACAUUAGUUGAUGACUUCACGGAUAUGCCUACGUUUUUGUACGAAUCAUUGUGUCACCUUACAUGCAGAUUGUGAUUUUUUAUUUCUAAAGGAUCUUGCAUUGUUGCUUCCGCCAUCAAGAAUAUUUCUUUCAUAUGUCAACAGCUUUGCACCAGUCUGAGAUUAUUUUUGCUGAUACAUACCCAGUAAACCUUAGUAAACUCAAGUCUGUUGAACUAGUAAUGGCUUGAAAAUUCUUGUACAUACUGUCAAAAAAUAGUAUAUUUGAACAAUUCUUUUUUGCAUCACACAAUAUGCCCCUUACAAAAACCAUUUUGUCAUGACACAGUGUUGUGAUGCUCAGAAUCCUCCGUUAAUCCUUGCAGACAUACUUCUCGGGGAUAACUUUGACAAGUCAUAAAUUGGUUUUCAUCAAAUCUGGUUUGAAGACGGCUCUUCAUGAAAGACAGGUCAAAUUAGGAGGCGAACCAGAUCAUGAGCUUAGCCAAAUAUUGUGUUUUGCAUAACUUUAACUCAAUGGACGAGACAAACUAAGAUGACAUGUCCUAUUCAAGACUUUAUUAGCAAGCUUAUGGCAUGAAAUGAUCCACACUGUGGGGGUACAACAACAUAUUAAUUACCCAGGUCACACAUCGUCUCCACCUGAUGAACAUUUUAUUCGUCUCUCAUGUCAAGCAUGGGGUACUGAGUAGUUGUUCUGCCCAGAUAUACGCAAGGGGGCGUGAGGAUAUCAAAUAGGAAUAAACAUGAGUGUUUAGGCCUUAAACAUGUUAAAUACAAGAAAAGACAAAUAAAAUGUAGUUUUUUUAAAUGUA